AUGGGAACUGAAUCAGAAGAUGUCAAUUUCAAAAGUCCUCUGCUUCUCUUCCUUAUUUCUGUUUUUCUCAUUUCAUCAACAACUGCAGAAUCACAUUCAAAGACCAAGUGUUCUUUAGAGUGUUUCACUCUCUGUAUGAAAUCUGGAACGCCCUCCGCCUCCAUCUGCAAUUGCCCGAUUUCACGGGAACCGUCCAAUUGUACACGAUUUGAUGCUGACUUACAGUCUGCACAAGUGUCCUCCACAAUUCCAAAAACUAAAUCAGAAUACGUGGACGCUCACAUGAUAAAAGUGUCAAUCGAGCCACAACCAGCUGCGUUUGCAUAUGUUUUCGAGUAUUCCACAAUAUCAACUGAACCGGAUAACUGGAAUUUCGCGGGUGCCUCUUCAAAACCGGAAGCCAUCUUCAGUAUUCUCGAUCCUUGCCGUGAUUACCAAUUUCGUGUCAUUAUCGUUGUCCGUAGUUCGAACCCAUCGGAUGUCUUUGACAUCAUUCGUCCGCAGCCGAUUCCUGUUCAAUUACCUCCGUUUAUUUUGACACAACAGCAGAUCUCGAUCGAAAUGCCACGUGUCAAUAGUUUCAACUCUUCUGGUGACCUGAAACUCUAUGUGAAGUGGUCUCUUCCGUCUGGAUACAUUGAUGGAGACAUCUAUAGCUAUGAGUCUCCAGCUCUCUACCCAAUUCAGUGUAGUACUCCAGAAGGAGAAAUCCCAACACCCAGAAUAGAAAUAGUUAAAGGAGGAGGUCGAUUGGCAGUUUGGUUACCUCCAGCUGUACUGGAAGCACGUUGUCGAAUGUGGGUUGAAGUGAGGAUGCUUCCGAGAUGUGUCAGAUUAGAACCAUUCAAUAUACAGAAGAAUAUUGAGAUUGAUUGUUCGAAGAAUCCAAAUCUAGAAGUUUGCAGUAAAGAAUCCAACCCUGUUUGUUUCGAGACUGUCGACAUUUCCGGUGAUCGUGGUAAGGCUAAAAUCACCUGGCAAACUCCACCAAGACCUCCCCUCUAUUAUCAUGUAAGAUAUGGACCAGCCGAGUCGAAAGGAGUUGCUCCGUUUGUGACGUGGCAGCUAGCAGCGAAACGAGAAGUUCGUGUAGAUGGAUCAUUGUCAACGUUUAGUUUGGAUAUUCCAGAAGAUGAAGAUUUUGGAGUUCAGUGUUCAAGUUGCAAAACUUCUCAAACAGAAGGAUGCGGAGAUUGCGGACCAAUCAUCGGCUCCACUGUACUUGAAAAGGAUUGGAAGGACAAAACUCCACCGAAGAAACAAGAAACAACGAUAAGUACAGCUCCGCCACGAGCACAAACAUCUACAGUAUACCGAAUGGAAACUGAUUUAUCUGUAUCUGGGAAUGGAAUCAGAAAUGAACAUCACGUGAAGGUUAAGAGUGGAACUAGACACUCCACCGACUCGCCUAUCAACUUGGAGAAGGCUGAAGAAAUCAACAAAAAGACACUAGGAGAAAAUCAAAAUGAAGAGCAAAAGACAGUGACGACUACUGAGAUUCAGACACCGAUUCCGAAAACACCGCUCAAAUCAACCACGAUACCUCGACUUCCGUUCCCACCAAAACUUUUCGGACAAGCUGAAGUUACAUCGACUACCAGUACAACCGAGUCUCCUCCGACAACAUCUUCUCAAUCGACAACAGAAUCUGAGAAAACGAAAACAUCGACAUCAUCUACUAAAUCUGAACCCGAAGCGACGACUCCUAGUCCGACAACUUCAGAAUCCACACCGUCAUCACCUCAAACCACGCGACGAAUUCUAAGUGAAGAGAUUGAGAAAUCAGUUGAGAAUCUAGAGAAAGCGAUCGAAGAAUCAGUGAAGAAUGGAAGUGAGAAAAUGAAUAAUAAAACAGCAGAAGCAGUUGAGCAAAUCGAUCGAGAAUUGGAAAAACGACUGGAAGAAGCUGCAAAACAAUUACAAGAUUCGCUAACCAAUCUCGUUGGAAAUUCUAGUGAAGUUCGUCAUCAUGAAAAAGCGAAAAAGUGUUUGACAAGUGAAGGUGUCGUUUGUGAAUUUGGAUGUGAAGAUAGGAAAACAUGUAUCUGCCCUUCAUCAACCCAUGCUCGUCUUAUCAAUGGAGUAUGUGCCAGUCGAGAAACAAUGCUUCACACGAUAUGUCUUCCCCGAAGAGAAAUAAAUGCCACGUGGGACUCAGAAAGUGGAAAUAUAAUGGUCAGAAGAAGUGAUGCCUUGUUUCAUAUUGAGCAUGCUGAGAGUGUUGACAAACUUUUCGUGGAAUUCGGGAAGGUCGAUGUGCUCUCGGAGCAAGAGAAUAAUGAGACAAAGAUUGAGUUCAAUGAUACACAACGGAGUAAAAUUGUGGUUUUGAUUCAGACCGUAUUGAAAUCGUCUGUAUUCUCAUCCGAGCCAUUCAUCUUUCACGUGAAUCAGUCAAUUGACAUGAAUACAACGUAUGGAAUGCGGUUUUGUGUUUUUAAUUCUACUCAGAUUCGGAGUCCCCACAGUUACAAUUGGGAUGACGUCAGUCGAUUUGAGAAGAACGAACAGAUUGCAGAAGUAAUUCAACUAUCUCCAGUCCGAUUCACUAAUAAACUACCUCUUCUCUAUCAAAAUACAGACACUUACUGGAGUACUGUAAUGACAAUUGCCAAAAUAUCCAUUCUGGUCAUUUUGGCAAUUGCCAUUUUCAUAUUGGUUUAUCUCAAUUGUACGAAGUUCCGAACUCUGUAUGAUAGGAAGAGAACUCAUUACUUCAGACCAUUCUAUAUCGAUCCAUCAAUUCAUCUCUCCAAUACUGCUCCAUCUUCCAGAAGUAGUGGUGGAGGUCUAAAAAGAGACCCGUCACGUGGCUAUUAUGAUGUUAGGAACUCUCAUUUGAUGAUGUAA